UGUACACACUCGUCGUUGCAUCACUGACGAAGACUCAGUCACUUGAAGCGCUGAAUUCUGAAGAGAAGAUGAUGGUGAAGAUGUUUGCCUGUGGCAUGUGAAGCAGCUCCGUCUCAGCAAGUUCCUGUGAAAAGUGUUUGUGUGCACUUGUAGAGUGCUUGGAAAUUCCACAUCAAAACCCAGUGAGCAGAAGAGGGAAAAAAAGCACAUCCAAGAUGUUCAGCACCAAAAGACUGAAGCAGAAGUCUCAGUCGGUGGAUAUUGCCAGUCAGGGAUUCUCCCCGACUCUGGUACCAGCCUCACCCCUCAACAGGGCAGCAUCCCCUGUUGCCAGGACAACUACUGUCCUCGCAGUGGAGGAAAACAACACCACUAACUCCCAGCGGCGCAACCCCCGCUGUGCUGAGCUGAAGAGAGGCUACACCAUAGAUACCGGCCAGAAGAAGACCCCCGAAAAGAAGGAUGGGAGGCGCAUGUCGUUCCAGAGACCCAAAGGCACCAUUGAAUAUUCUGUGGAAUCACGGGACACACUGAACAGCAUUGCCCUGAAGUUCGACACCACACCCAACGAGCUGGUUCAGCUGAACAAGCUGUUCUCCAGAGCAGUGGUGCCCGGUCAGGUUCUGUACGUUCCUGAUCCUGAGUACGUCUCCAGUGUUGGAAGCUCCCCUUCCCUCAGUCCCAUCAGCCCUCUGUCUCCCACCUCCUCAGAAGCUGAUUUAGAGAAAGUGACGGAUUCUGAUGGCCCUGCAAAACCAGAAGGUGUUCAUCCUCCAGUUUUUUCCAACCUUCGUCAAUCCAGGGUGGUGUCAUCCACUUCCGAGGAGGAAGAAGCUCUCACGGAGAAAUUCCUUAAGAUUAACUGCAAGUACAUCACUGAUGGAAAGGGUGCAGUGAGUGGGGUGUUGCUGGUGACUCCCAACAACAUCAUGUUUGACCCUCACAGGAUGGACCCUCUGGUCCAGGCCCAUGGCUGCGAGGAAUAUGGCAUCAUGUGUCCUCUGGAGGAAGUGCAGUCUGCGGCCAUUUACAAGGAGAUCACUGAUCCCAGGAUCAGAGAGACCGUCCCUGAUGACCUGGAGCCGUUGCCAUCUGAGAGACAUCCUUCCCAGCAGAAGGAUCCAGAACAUCGCCUGAGGGAACCAGGAGCCAAUGACAGCGGCAGCACAGCCCCUCGUAGCACAGAGGGCUCCAUCUCUGAAGAUGUCUUCACUGAAUCUGAGCUGUCUCCCAUCCGAGAAGAAGGACAGGCCUCUAAUGAGGACCUCCGCCUAGACAAGUCCUCCGGCGCCUCCACGGAGUCUGUGCAAACGGUCACCCAAGUGGAAGCCGCUGACACCCAGCCAGACACCCAGGCCGCAGGCGGCACUCGUGGCUCAGUCAGCCAGCCACAGGAUUCUUCCGUGGUGAAAGCAGAGGACAAUCCACCUGACACUGCCACAGAAAAUAAUAGCCAGUCCCCGAUGGGGUCCUAUCAGCACAGUGUAGAGAAGCCACCAAGCACACCCACUAUAACCACUACCACCAGCAGCAGCACUAGCCAGGUCCAGGGUCCCAGCAGCGGCAGCUCCUCUCGCCCGAGCUCCCAAAGCUCAGCCAACCCUGGUGCCACAGGGAACACCACCACCACCAUCACAGCCAGUUCACAGGGAGAUGACAACGAGGGGACAGAUGUCUUCAAAACGGACACUAUGCAACAGAGCAAGGAGGAAAAUGUAGAGGAGUCACAAAAGGACAACACAGAGAACUCUGGGGAAGCCGGUACUAUAUCCACAGAGAAAAGGAAACACCACAACCACAAGUUCCUCUGCCUGAGGGUGGGAAAGCCUAUGAAGAAAACAUUUGUUUCCAAUGCCAGCGCCUCCAUGCAGCAGUAUGCCCAGCAGGGCAAAAAGCACGAGUACUGGUUUGCUGUGCCCAAGGAAAGGUCAGACCACCUGUACGUCUUCUUCAUGCAGUGGAGUCCAGACAUGUACGGUGAGGGGAUCAGGGGAAUGGGACAGGAGCCUGGGUUUAUGGUGGUGAAGAAGAAUGAGGUUUCAGAGAAAGAAAAGGAUGAGCCCGUCACUGACCUUAAUGUCAAGGAAUGGGAGGUAGUGUCUCUGACAGAGUACCACCGUCGGAUUGAUGCUCUAAACAGUGAAGAUCUGCGCUCACUCUGCAAACGACUCCAGAUCACCACUAAGGAGGAGGUGAACUCCAAGCAUGGCACAUCCAUUAAGACCGACCUGGAGCCGGAAACCUUCAAACCCAACCUCAGAGAACCCAGCGAUCUCCUGGAGGCCGAUCAGAUAGAGAAGCUUGCCAGAAAUCUCCCACCACGGACCAUUGGUUACCCAUGGACUCUUGCCUUUGGCACGUCAAAGCAUGGCAUGAGCAUUAAGACGCUGUACAGAGCCAUGCAGGGCCAGGACACCCCAGUUCUUAUGGUCAUCAAAGACAGCGAUGGUCAGGUAUUUGGUGCGUUGGCAUCUGAACCCUUUAAAGUCAGUGAUGGCUUUUAUGGCACAGGAGAAACCUUCCUCUUCACCUUCAAUCCUGAAUUUGAGGUGUACAAAUGGACAGGCGACAACAUGUUCUUCAUUAAGGGCGAUACAGACUCCUUAGCAUUUGGUGGAGGAAGUGGUGAGUUCGGCCUGUGGCUGGACGGAGACCUUUACCACGGCAGAAGUCACUCCUGUAAAACAUUUGGGAACCCUAUGCUCUCUAAAAAAGAGGAUUUCUAUGUUCAGGACAUAGAAAUCUGGGCAUUUGAAUAAUAGGACGUUUCUUUACAGGGGAAAAAAAAAAGAAACAAAAAACAACUCCUUCAAAGGACAAAUGGAGGAGUCUUAUCCUCCUCCAGAACAAUGGCAAUGUCCCAAACCUAACUGCACAUCACCAGGGCUCCCCAGGCUGGGUGACAGCUAUUGGAUGCUUGUUGUGCAUUACUACUGCAGUUAUUCUGGAGCUUUUUCUUUAGUUUUUCUUUGUGGAGAAUUACCUUUGUGUACCUUGUUACCGUUGUGUGCAGCGUUUGGCAGAGCAGGGGGGUAAAAGCAGUGAGUGAUGGUUGUAUGAGGGGAAAAAAAUGAGGACAGAGGAAGGACGAGGAAGUUGCCCACAGGCCUGAGGAAGAGACCAUCGGAGCUCCUCUUCAACGAGAGGCAGUGGAGAUGAUGGCCGCUGAGGUUUGGGACGGCUGCCGCUGACAGACAACUGUCCUCCUGCUACAGGUCUCUGAACCUAACAGAUCCUCAAGGAAAAUCCGCUAAAGGCACCCUCUCUGAACCCCCAUAGGAUGUGACCCACUGUAUUAGCAACCAUGAUGAAGAGGAGAGACCCGGAGAGGGAGGUGGGGGGGAGGGGGUGGCAGACAAUAUCAAUCACAUUCCAUUGCUCUGGUGAUGGCAGCGUUGAGAUAAUGUUGUUCACUCAUGGUCGGUCGUUGAUACAAAAACACGUCAGACUCGGAGAAGAGAGAGCACUCACUCGGGGGAAGAUUACAAGGAGGCGGUCCGUCCUUUCACAGUUCUCGUACAGUUUUUGGGUUUUGUCUCCUGAGGCUAAACAUAUAGAGUAUUGUGUAUUGUAGUCCUCCUGUCGUUCACUGUCAUAGCACACCAUCUGAAAGCACAUUGCUGAUAAUAAUAAUAAUAACCCAUCGUCGUAAUGUUUCGUUCAGUGGGUGUGUACAUGUGAGUCCAGCUCAUGGCGGCCACAGUGGCGCCCCCCACAGGGUCCGGCCGUCUUGCUGUACUGUUUGUAGACAGUAAACGUGUUGCAAUAGAUUUUUUUGUGGAAUAUGCAAAUAACUGUCCUGUGACCUCAGAACCACCACAGGCGGCGUCUGUUUUUCGCCGUCGCCUGCCGCUCUUUCCAGAGAGGGAAAAAAUUAAAUCCUGUAAAGCUUUUACGUCUUGAUACACAAAUAGCUUUUCUGGGUAUAUCAUUUGAAAAGCCUAAGGCGUGGUUAACUGUUUUACAUGCAUAUAUGACAAUUAUAUAAUUGGUAUAUAUGAUUAUAUAUGGACUUAUAUAAUCAUAUAUAUUUUGCUGUUAAGUGUGACAGUGAUCUAUUUGUGCUGAUAUUUCAGCUGUUACAAUAUAAUGUAUAUUACCAUGUAAAUUAAUGUUAAAAUAGUAGAUUUGUUCCUAUAUAUAUAUAAAUACAUAAUACUAUAUAUAUAUAUAAUAAUAAUAAAAGUGUGGAUUGGUGGGUUGCUUCUAGCACUUUAAUCUGGUGUAAAAGCGUUAAAACCAGGUUCUUAGAUUCUCUUAGCAGUAGCUGUACAGUACUUUUUUUUUGUCUAGAUGAUUAAAAUGUUAACUGUUAGGGAGCUUUGCUGCUACUAUAUCAAUAAGGGUUUGCCCUCAAUGCUCUGUAAAUCAGAAGACGAGGAUCACACUGAUGCAGGAAGGGGGAGGUGGGGGAAGGUGACGGUUGAGGGCUCCGAAGGGCUCAUAGGGUCUCCUCAGGUGAGUCUCAGUACGUACAGGUAGGUAUAAAAGACAGAUACAUGAAGACUGGUGUAACCCUCCCCCAUAGCGGGUUACAUCCCCCCCCUUCACCCAUUCUGGUCUUCCACACCAGUAUUUGUGUACUUGUGGAGAGUCACUGAAGAAUACGGACAAUUCUUCCAAAUAUUCCGCCAGAAAACAAUGUACCACAGAUGUAUAAAAACCAAUAAAGCUGAAUUGUUGUAACCUGGGA